AUGCAACAAGCAGGCAUAAGAACAAGUCACAUUAUGAGACUACUAGUUGUACAGGCUGGAGGAUACCACAACUUGGGCUUCCAUGAAACUGAUAUGUACAAUGCGCUAAAUCGGCAAAGGCAGGUAGCAGUUUGUGAUGGGGACAGCGAUUCGGCAAUUGCAUUCUUGUCAGGCAAGCAACGAGGCCAUCCGAAUUUAUUUUUCAAAUAUUCUGUAGAUGACCAUGGCGGUCUGAAUUGCCUGCUUUGGACUCAUUCAGUGUGUAGAGAUGACUAUAGAAGUUUUGGUGAUGUGCUAGUGUUCAACAGCACGUAUAAUACGAAUCAGUACAAAUUUUUAUCGAUUGUGUUGUGUGGGGUUAACAAUCACUACUCCACAUGUAUCUUUGCGUGUGCUUUUAUCGUUCGUGAAGGAGAUGAGGGAUACGAUUGGAUUAUAAGUACAUUCUUAGAAGCAAUGCAUGGGAGGAAAUCGAUAGCAGUUGUGACAGAUGGGGACAAGUCAAUACGAAAGUACAUUAAAAAAUUAAUGCCGACAACUAAGCAUAACUUUGCAGCUUCCAUUUGGAAAUGA